AUUUCACAAAUCGGAGAUGGAUGGAAAAUUUCAUAUUUAGGGAGUUUGAAUCCCAAAAAAAUCCACGAAUCCAAUCCAAUUGGGUUUGUGUAAACACGCAAAUGGAAGCAGUACAACAGGAGCUUUCCAAAAUUGAUUUUAAAUGGUUGCGAAAAAGUAUAACCGAAACUCAAAUUUCGUUGGGGAAGGAGUCGUUAAGCUCGGUUUUUGAAAUUCCCACCGAUGCAGCCAUCUCUAAUGGGACAAACAAGUCCACAACGGCGGGUUCCAUUAAGUUAAGUGGAAAAAAACAAUAUGGAAAGGCUGACCAGCAUAGCCCAACAUGA